AUGCGCCGUUGGCGACGAGCAAGGGCACCGCUGCGCCCCCCGGUGGGCGGAGGGCCUGGAAAGUCGGGGAAGGAGCCCACCACCACCCACGCCGGGCGGCUGGAGUGCGGCCUGCAGCCCCGCCCAGGCCUGUCCAUGUCCGUGGCCGUCCCAGUGGAGACCAACAGUGAGCUGCCCCUGGGAUCGCCUCAGGGGUGUCACGUGAUGGAAGGACCAGGACAUCCAGCCCCUGAUUCUGUGGUGACCUUGGUACCUGGCACCAUUCACAGGCACCUGUGUGCCCUCCCCAGCUUCUGCCUGCUGGGCCCUGAUGUAGGGGGGAAACUUGCCCGAGUAAUGGCCCAGGGCCCAGCCCAUGUGGAUGGCCCUUCAUCCCAGAAAUGCUAUCCCCACGGUGUUCCAGGCAAGGAGUUCCCUGCCAUGGGGACGGGGCCCUGGGACUUAUCUGCCACCGAGGCAGAUAGGCCCAGCUGGUUCCUCCUGGCUGGAUGGCAGGGCAAAGCUCGAGAUGAGCUGCAGGCCAGCAGGAAGACCAAGAAGAAGGAAGGGGGGGGCCUUCGGGCCCAGAGAGCAUCAUCCAACGUCUUUUCCAACUUUGAGCAGACCCAGAUCCAGGAGUUCAAGGAGGCAUUCACACUGAUGGAUCAGAACCGAGAUGGCUUUAUUGACAAGGAGGAUCUGAAGGACACCUAUGCCUCCCUGGGCAAAACCAACGUCAAGGAUGAUGAGUUGGAUGCCAUGCUCAAGGAGGCCUCGGGACCCAUCAACUUCACCAUGUUCCUGAAUAUGUUUGGGGCGAAGCUGACGGGUACGGAUGCCGAAGAGACCAUCCUAAAUGCCUUCAAGAUGCUGGAUCCUGAAGGCAAAGGCAGCAUCAACAAGGACUACAUCAAGCGGCUGUUGAUGUCUCAGGCAGACAAGAUGACCGCUGAAGAGGUUGACCAGAUGUUCCAGUUUGCCACCAUCGAUGCUGCAGGCAACCUGGACUACAAGGCACUGAGCUACGUGCUCACCCACGGGGAGGAGAAGGAGGAGUGA